AUGAAUACCCGGCGUCGGAAUGGCAAGCCGGCCUCCUGCGAGCCCUGCCGCAAGGACAAAGUGCGCUGCGACCAUCGCCUGCCCGUGUGCACCCGCUGCCAGCGCCGCAGCAUCCCCGCGCGCUGCUUCUACCACCCCGCCCCCUUGACCAGAACGAGCGAUCGGUCGGCAUCUCCACAAUCUUCCCCCCUGCGCAUGAAACCCCCGGGCACUGCUCACCUCCUUCGCAGUGCCACUCGCGAACUCUCGCCCCACGGCACAUCCGUUCACUCCAAGGGGAUCCAAGGAAUCAAAGGAAUCGACGAGUCUCUCCCAUCCUACUGGGUCGGCAAAGCAGUCGAAGUGCUGGGCGCGCUUCGCGAUCUUCUUAUUAUCUGGAAAUUGGUUCGGGAAUACUACAACCUUAGCCAGGCCGUCGCGAUUCCCGCUCCGUUCAUCCUCCAGGCCCUGGACCAGAUGCCGGCCAACGGGCCCCAGCUGCGCGAGAUCUCGGUCAUGUCCGUGCUGCAGAACACAUCCCGUCCGCUGAAAGUCGCCCCGGACUGGGAGGGGAAGACUUUUCACGAGCUAUAUACCGGACCUCACCUGCGUCUGGAGAUCAUCGGCAUCCUCUGCGCGCUUGCGGGAAAGGCCAGUUGCUUUGCGCUGGCGCAGGACCAGUUCCCCAGGGACACCGAGGCCGUCCGUCGCGUGCCGUUUCCGAAGCGGAUGAUGAUGAUCAGUGAAUCGGUGCUGCAGAUCUGCAACCUACUGACCCCGACCAACGAUCUAACGGUCUGGGCGUUGCAUCAGAACCUGCUUCUUUCGACCAUGGUGUACGGCGAUUCCAGCUCCGAGGCAUGGCACUGUCUGGGGGAGCUAUCCACGAGUAUCUUUGAGCUCGGGAUCCACCGCGACUCGGGCAAUCUUCCCCCCUUCCUACGGGAAAGCCGACGGAGGUCGUUUGCGUCGGUUUAUCAACUGGACAAGGGCCUUGCCACAUUUCUGGGACGGCCGCCACGGAUCUGCCAGCGUCAUUCGGACUGCAAGCCACCCCUUGACCUUGGUGAGGACUGUCUGGCGGCGGACAGCGCCCACCUGCAGCUCGCCGUGAACGCCCUCGACGAGGAUGGAUGGAACCCCCAUCUGCAUGGGACUUAUCACCAAUUUCGCGAGGAGAUUCUGGAGUGGGCGCUCAAAGAUCCAAGCCCUGAGACAGCUCGUCACUUGAGGGAUAUCGCCAUUAGAUGUCGCCGGGUAUGGGAAUCACUGCCCACGCAUUUGCACUUCCGCCCAAGCUGCUGGACAAAAGAUUUACCCGUAAGCGUGUCUCUGAUGCUGACCGUGUCCUACCUGGCAUACCUCUACAACGACUUCCUGAUCCAGAGGCUGCUUCUCAAGCAGGACCCAAGCGCGGAAGGAUCACUGUUUAAUGCCAGCGCGACAAUCCUGUCGACCGUGCUGAUCAUGGGAAGACACCGGGAGCCUACGGUCGAUAUUCGACAGGACUUCCUGUUCUCGAUCCUCUUAUACUGGUUUCCCAGCGCUAGUGUUCUUGUCAAAGCCCUCCAGGAACACACCCGGAACGGCCAGCCACUUCCCUUCACGGGGUCGCGGGCAGCGAUCAUCCGUGACUUAACCGUCUUCACUGCGCACCUGGACACCAUCGCCGAGUCUGACUACGUCCAUGCGGAACUGCUCACCCGCGCGAGUAAGGUCUUCUUGAGGAUCAUUGACGAGGUGAUAGACCCCCGGGCUGCGAUCGCUCCCCUCCCUCCUGGAAUCGAUGAUCUGCCGGAAAUUUCCAUCGAUGGCUUUGGGAUUUCGGACGACAUGGGAGUUGUCUUUGACCAGUGGAUAUUCUGAUCACCAGGCAAUAUCCCCGGAACCCCCCCUGAUUUCCAGCAUUCGAGCGGCGAAGGCGCCUGGUAAUUGGGCUAGGAAAACAUGCUCAGGCUAAAGUAGGAUAUGUAGUGGCCCACUGUUUGGUGUAGCAUGCCUGACAUGACAGCAAUGCACGUGGAAAACCUGCAGAAUAUGAGGCCCCAGAAAGAC